ACAACUCCCCAGAAUGUUGAGUUGGCUUUUGCCAUUUUUAAGCACCAUUACACAAAAGUAAUGGAUUGUGGACCACAUUCUUCUAUGGGAAACUUGAUUUUGAAAUUGUAUUAUUUAAUCCCUUUUAUGCUUUUAGUCUUCAAUGUCACAAGAAGAAGAAGAAGAAGAAGAAGCUCCGAUCUGUUCUUGGACAUGGCUGGCUCAGUAACAACUUUCAGAUUCUGCAAGCAUUUUGGUCCAGAAACCAGCUCACAAAAAUUGGAAAUCCCCAUCUCGUUUAAGGAAUCUGUGGGAGGAGUUGUUCCAAAAAAGAUAAUUCUUAGGAAUUGUUUUAAGAAAGUUUGGAGCAUGGAGAUGACAGAAACGGAAGAUGGUUUGUGUUUUCAAAACAAUUGGGCAAAAUUUGUGGAAGAUAACUCUAUCACAAAUGGAGAUUGCUUGGUUUUCUCCUAUUGUGGUUAUAGCCUGUUUGACUUUGUCUUAUUUGACCAAUUUGGAUGUGAGAAGAUAGUAGUGAAAGAUGCACAGCCCCAAGUAAAAAAAGAGGUGAAAGAAGAAGAUGAAGAUGAUGAUGUUGUUGUUAAUGAUGAUGACAACAACGAUAAUGACGAUGGUGACAGUGACGAUGAAGGUGAUGAUAGUAAUUUUGUUAAUGACGAGGAUAAGAAUGAAGAAGAGGAUGAUGGUGGCAGUGGUGAUGAUGAAGAUGAUAGUGAUUUUGUUAUCAAGGAGGUUAAGAAUGAAGUAGAGGAAGAUGAUGAAGAAGUAAAGGCACACAUGUUGGGGUUUACAAAGUCUAAACAAAAAAGAAACAAUUCUUGUGGAUUCAAGAAAUGUUCGGGUGCAGGCGAGGGAAGUUCUAGCAAGAAAAACAAGAAUGUUUUUGACCAUUUUGGAAUUGAACUUUUCUCGUCAGGGCAAUACAUUCAGCCUAACAACCCUUAUUUCGUGACAAAACUAGGACCAAAAAACCGCAGUGCUUUGUAUAUACCAAUGCAUGUUAUUAAGGACCACAAUAUUGCAUUGCCUCCAACUUUAAUCCUCCGAGACACAAGAGGCCAAGAAUGGAAAUCAAAGGUUAAGAUUUGGAGGGAUGGGAGGACAUGGGUGAGUGAAGGAUGGCAAAGUCUAUGCAAAUUGAACCUUGUUGACAAAGAUGACAUCUGCAUUUGUGAAUUUGUGCAUCCAAACACAAAUGACAUGUUAUUACAAGUCACUAUUGUUCGAGGACAGACCACAAAGAACAUGGAGUAAAAAUCACCUUUAAUUAUUGCUGAUUAAUAUUUUCUUAUCUAACCCAGAUGUAAUUAUGACCUUAGAGUAACCCCAAUUGGAGAUCUUGAAUGGUAUUUGGUAUAGUAAAAAUCUCGUGUCUUGAUUUUAAACUAAUGUAGAAGCUAAUUUUUUGUUGAA